AUGUUUGCUAUCAUUCGGUCACUCAUCACAACAAUCCCACUUUCAUUACUGUCAAUACAUCACUACAACUGCAACUGUCAUAGCGAUAAUGAACGAAUGCCAAAACAUCACUUUAGCAUCAUCCUUCUUGAAGAAGAAGGAAAAGAAGAAGACGACAAAAGGUGGAGUAUAUUGGCUCAUGGCACUAUCUUACCCGACUAUUUGUAUGUGUCACCAAAAUUAAGAGUCACAGCUGAUGAGCACGGGAACAGCGAUUCCUUUCUUGUCUCUAUCUCCUCCAUUCCUUUCCUCCCACUUCUUCUACCUUCGUAA